UCCAUCCAUCAACCUAUCACUAAUUUUUCCACUCACCCUUUUCAACCUCUCUCUCUCUCUCUCUCUCUCUCUCUCUGUAUCUUUCUCCAAAAAUGGUAGGAGAGGCGAUCCCUCCUCCGCCGUUGAAGGCCCCUCCUCCCCCUCCUGACGUCUUCCUUCCCUCGCCAUCUUCUCCUCCUUCAAGAGGCACCACCCGUAGUAACAACAGCCUCCCAAUGCCAGCCGGUCAUUGCAAGCCUCCUUCUUGCUCUGCUUCUGCUUCUGCUUCUGCUUUUGGCUGUGCCAGCCCGGGGAGUAUGGCGGCGGCUUUGGGCUCUUCGCUUCUGGGUCUAGUCCCCUCCGAGCUGGAGAUCGAGAGGGCCAUCCGUGCUCUCCUCGUUCUCUGGCAGAGCGCUUCUUCAUCUGGCUCGGAGGAAAACUGCAUGCGGCUUUUCGGAUGUAGGAAUCCAAGCACAUUGACGUCUAGUGGAUGGGGAGAGUCUGGCGUGCCCUUCAUCUGCUGCAAACAGAGCCAGCUAUCAAGAAAUUGGUUAUUUCGGUAGUCUUGGAUAAAGCUUUCUGGAGCGCCAUUAUGAAUAAUCAAUCAGUGAAGAAGUUCCAGGAGUUGCUUCUCUCAGGUGAAACUAGCAGCCUGCGGAUUUGUGAGGAAGAAUUAGACUGGGGUACAGACAAUCUGGGGUGGCUCUUGGACAUCUUGAAGGACAAAAUCAUGGCCCUCGUUGAAAAAUUCAAGCUGCUUUUGAUCGCUGCAUUUCAACCUUCCCAGCCGGUCGCACCAGAAGCUGCGGCUGAGUUAGACGAAAAAAUUGGAUCGUCGUUGCUACUUUCGGUCCUAAUAAUUUUGGUUAUAGUGUUGGCACGAGUACGCAUUGCUUAAUGAUUGAUCUGCAUUUCAAUUCCACACAGAUUCAUGACUUUGUGCACUUCAGGAUGUGAUAAGGUGUACUGAGUUUGCUGAGUUUGCUGUCGAACUUCCCCUCAGUACUUGUAUAUGAAGUGCGAACAGCUUGUGAGAUUUAAAAGUGUUGCUGCUGCGCUUAAUUUCAGUUUUCCCGAGAAUUUUGCAA